AUGGGCCCAGGUAGGAUACCAAAGGUUGCUUGGCGUGGUAACGCGGUUCAGCAUCGUAUCCCUUCCCCAAACUCGCAAAAGCCUUGCGAUAAUUAGCAAUUUGACUAAUUAUACCAUCCUAUCUGUACAAUGUGAGAUAGGUACUUUCACGGCUCAUGCAGCCGUGAUUAGAAGCCAAAGAGCGGUUGUAACCAACGUUAACUGUUAUUGCCCCUAAGGAGUAGGGCACAACGGAGCGCUCAUCAGCAAUGGCUAAAAAAAGAGAAAAUCGAUUAGAUUUGAUCAGUUAUUAUUGUUAUGUGAUAAGACCCUGAUAAAUAAAUAUAGUAUUAAUCAAAGGUAAAUAAAUAUAGUAUGAAUCAAAGAUAGCAAUAAAAAAAUAAAUAAAAAAUGUUUAUUAAUCUGGUUUUUAUAUAUAUGAUAAUAUAAUAACACAUAUACAUACGUUGUAGGGAUAGGACAGAAUCCUGGGUACAAACAAGCACUGGAGUUUACUCAAAAAAUUCAGAAGUGGAUGACUAACUUGACUUCAGACCUCAUCAAACAACAGAAAGUCUAUUCCAGAAUCAACCCAAUGGAGGUCAUGCUGAACACGAUGAAAUGUUUGAGCUUAGAAGAAGACGAAGAUCAAGACCAACCAGAACAAGAUCAGGAAGAGCCCAAGUCAAGACAUGACAAAAGAACACAGAAGCGAAAAAUCCUACGCUUCCUCAAGAAAGAAGUGUCUAAAAUUAAGAUAAAGGAGCAGGAAAACAACUUACUCAGUCGCUGUUCUCAAAUCCAAGGAAGUGUCAACCUUCUGAGAGACCUUCCACGGCCCUUCGACUCCGAACCAAUUCUGGAGCACCUCGAUUUGGUUGAACAUCAAAUUGAUCAAGUUAGAGCGGACUUCAACUGGUAUGUAGCCACACUAGGGCGCGCUCGAAAAUGGGAGCGUUCAGUUACCCUACGCGAUUUAGAACGCAAACUGAUGGAAGAAACGAAAGAAGAGCCUACAUGGUCUGCGGAUGAGAGUGAGAAAGAGAGUGAGAGAGAGGAAAAGGAAUAUUAUUAUUAG